AUGAAGGCCAAAUCAAAGGCAUCUGGUAAAAAAGGCAGUAAAGCAAUUGCUCGUCCAAAGAAAACCGAGAAAAGAAGUAAACCUCUAUCUCUCAAACAAAAAUUGCAUAAAGAAUCCAAGGUUGUCAAGGUUGGAAAUUUAAACUGGAAGCAGGUUGAAAUACCAGACAAUUUAGACGAUUACGAAGGAUUUUAUGGCCUUGAAGAACUAGAAGGAGUAGAUGUUAAAGUAGUUGACGGACAGCCUCAAUUUUUGAUUGCAGAUAAUAAUAGUAAACAGAGCGACGAAGAGUCAUCCCAUAUUGAAGAAGAAGUAAAAGAAGAAAAAGUAAAAGAAGAAGAAGAAGCAGAAGAAGAAGAAGAGGAAGAAGAAUUUAAAGGAUUUGAUGAUACACUGUCGACACGGGAGUACGAAGAUGAAAAAAAUGAUGUUCGCAAAAACUCAAAGUCAGGAAAGUUUAACGAUAAAGAUUCUAAACACAAAGAAAAAGAUGAUCUUGAAAAUGUUGGUUUUCAAAGCUUGAGCUUUCCUUUGCCUGAUGAUAUUAGUCUUCCUCAUUGGGAAAACAUCGGGAGUGAUCAAAAUGUUGUAUUAAGCUCAUACACCUUAAACGCACUUUCUUCUGCAGGUUUUAAGAAACCAACGCCGAUUCAAAAGAAAACAAUCCCGCUAGCAUUAGCAGGAAAAGAUGUUAUUGGAAAAGCAAUAACUGGAUCAGGUAAAACGUUAGCAUAUGGAAUCCCAAUAUUGGAAAAGUAUUUGUCCAAUGUCGAGUCAUUUGAAGAAUCCAAAUCAAUAAGGCCCCCGGCUGGAAUAGUGUUUGCGCCAACUCGAGAACUUGCUCAGCAGGUUGUUGAUCAUCUAAAUGGCAUUGCAAAAUAUUCACCCUUAUCGGUGAAUGGGAUUGUUGGUAUAACUGGGGGUCUUUCAAUUCAAAAGCAAGAGAGAUUGUUAUCUAAAGGGCCAGGAAUUUUGGUGGCAACCCCAGGAAGGUGCCUUGAAAUAUUGGAAAAAGACCCAAUUUUGUUAAAAAGAUUGGCAAUGACAGAUAUUGUAGUAUUGGAUGAAGCGGACAGGCUACUCCAAGAUGGACAUUUCGAAGAAUUUGAGAGGAUUCUAGAAUUGUUACAAAAGAAUAGACCUAAAGAUAAUUCAAUACCUUGGAAAUGGCAAACACUAGUCUUCAGUGCCACUUUUUCCAGAGACCUUUUUGGGAAACUUGAUAAAAAACCGAAAGAUAAUAAGUCACAGGGAAGCUCAUUAAUCGAGAACGAUCACAUCUUACAGCUACUUAAUGAAAAAUUACAUUUCAAGGAUUCCAAACCAGCAUUGGCUGAUGCAAAUCCGCAACAUCUAGUAAAUAAUAAAAUCACUGAGGCUCUUGUCGAAUGUGGGCCAAGUGAAAGAGAUUUGUACUUGUAUUACUUUCUAUUAAUGUUUCCUGGAUCGACAUUAGUUUUCGCAAACGCAAUUGACUCAGUAAAACGAUUGGUUCCAUUUUUAAACAGUUUGAACAUUCCUACAUUUUCGAUACAUUCUUCGAUGAUUCAAAAACAAAGGUUGCGCUCUUUAGAGAGAUUCAAAGAAGCUAGCCAAAAAAACAAAGUUGCAGUAUUGGUUGCUUCAGAUGUUGCUGCAAGAGGGUUGGAUAUUCCUGCAAUUGACCAUGUAGCACACUAUCAUUUACCUAGAAGUGCAGAUAUAUAUAUUCAUCGUUCAGGAAGGACUGGAAGAGCAGGAAAAGAGGGUGUCUCUAUCAUGUUCUGCUCUCCUCAAGAAGUAUCAGGUUCGCUUAAGAGGUUAAGAAAACUAGUAUCAGGGGCAAAAAACUCAUUGAUAGGAAAUAAUGGAGAUUUGAAGUUGCUUCCUAUUGAAAUGGACAUUUUGUCUCAAUUGAAACAAAGAGUUUCAAUUGCAACAAAGUUAGCUGAUUCCACCAUUUCGACUUCUUCAACAAGAAGCGAAAAGUCAUGGGUUACUGAAGCAGCAGAAGAGCUAGGGAUUGAUGAGGAUGCUGACGUUGACAUGUUUCAAGAUCCUAAGCUAGAUAAGAGCAGAAGGAAGAGAGAAAAUAAAUUGCUUAGUAAAGAAGAGUCUAAGUUUCUAAGACUUGAAUUGAAAGAUCUUUUAUCGCAACCCGUUAGACGAAAUAUGAGAAAAUCAUAUCUCACUAGUGGAUUGCAGAAUUUGGCACAUCAGAUGAUUACGGGAAGUACAAAUAAGAAUAUUAUAGGACAAGAAGAAGUGAGAGCUUUAGAUAAAUUGAAGGUCGGUAAAAAGAAUCAAAAGACUUUCGAGGGCAGCCAGCGUAAACGAUCCAAAAAUUAA